UAAAAUACUCUGCCGGGAGAUACUCGCAUGGCAUGCAUGGCUGUCCGGUCGGCCGAUCGCUGCAUGGCAGGCGGGCGCCCGUCCCCAUCCACGUGUUGCGUCGCCGGCGCCGCCACGCCGGCCACGCGGGCAGUCCGCCUCCCGCUUGCUUCCGCCUCUCACGGUCUCACCCCCUCGCGCACGCGCGGACGCCCGCUAUAUAUACCUCCCAUGCCCCCGCCCUCAUCUCCAUGCUCCAUAUACUCUGCUCUCCUCUGCUUCUGCUUCUUCUUCCUGCCGCUCGCUGCGCAUGCAACAGACUUCUUGACCGAUCAUUCAUUCAAGCAAGCGCCGAGGAUCGACCGAGCACGAGCAGGGACGUCGAUGGAUCAUCUGCUGCACCAUGGGCACGAGAUGAGGAGGCCGUCCGUGACCGUCUCCGGCCACGAGGCGGCGCUGAGGGCCGUCCAGAAGCCGCCGGCCAAGCCGUGGCGCGCGGGCGGCGGCUUGACGCCGGCGCCGACGCCGCCCAAGGUGUACCGCGUGGAGCCCCGGGAGUUCCGCGACCUCGUGCAGAGGCUCACCGGCGCGCCCGCCGCGGCCAUGGCCAGGCAGCACCAGCACGGCCAGCAGCAGCUGCUGCCGCGCGCGCCGACGCAGCCCGUGCCCGUGCGCCCCGGCGGUGUCGAGGACGGCCCGGCCGCGGCCGGGCAGAUGUACGUGCCCUGGUGCUCGUUCCCGCUCAUGGGCCCGGCGGCGUGCAUGCACCCCGGCCUCGACGGCCACCACCUAAUAUAGGACACAGCUCAUCCUCCCGGCCGCUGCUCUUGCAUGUACAUCCUUGCUUUCUAGGACAGGCUAGGCGCGUGAACUGCAAAGCAGCGAGUAAAAACUCGUUUAAUAUUGCCUUAGUUUUAAGUGUACACAAACAUCAUGCUCGUUUGCUCCCUUUGUAACUUAGCAGCCACACAUGAUGUAAUUACCAAGGAUGAAAGGGGAGUGCGCUUGCGAUGAACAAGACCUCUAUUAUUUUUUUUCCUCCUUUUUCAUUUUCUUUUCACGAAUACAAAAAGUUUGUGUAUCAUUUCAUUCAUAAAAGGAGAGAAACAACGGUAACAUACAUGAGAGAAGGCAGGGGCACCACAGAUCAUAAAGGAGUGCAACACUGCACAAAACUCUCCUAGCUCGAACUCCGGCCGGAAACACAAAAAGAUGAGAUACACAACCUCUAGAGUGCAUCACGACCAACCUAGAAACCUGUGU